AUGACUUCAAAGGGAUCAUUCAAUUCAAAUUUCAUAAUCGUAAUCCGUGAUUGGUUGCGAGCAACGUGUUCUGUAUUUUCUAUCGAAUUCUAUUUGUUCUUUUCGUUUUUUUCAAUUGUUAAGUUUUUGCAUUAAAAAUGCCACCAAAAAAAGCUGCGCCUCUGCCAAAACCGAAUGAAAAGAAGAAAAGAGUUACCAAGUCGUCGAAGGCGGGCCUCUUGAUGCCGGUAACGCGCAUCCGAAAUAAAAUGAAGGAAGGACGAUACGCUAAAAUCAUCGGUACCGGCGGUGCCGUUUUCAUGGCAGGUGUAUUGGAAUACGUAGCAGCGGAAAUCCUGGAAUGUGCCGGUACUGUCGCUCGCGACAAUCAAAAACAACGAAUCAAUCCGCGCCAUAUCAAUGUGGCGGUUCGAAGCGAUUCCGAAUUGGACAAAUUGUUCAAGGAUAUAACGAUUCCAGGAGGAGGAGUCUUACCCUUCAUUCAUGAGGUAUUGUUGCCGAAGGCUAAAACUGCGAAUACAGAAAUGGAAGCGGAAACGGAUGACGGCGAUUAAUUAUAAGCUUUCGACUGCAUUUUAUUGAAUGCAGUAAACGAAAAGCUGAAUGAUUUAGCUUAUUAAGGAAAAUAUUCUAGGAAAAAUGUUUUUGCCUCUUUUGUACAAAGAGAACUUUUGCUGACAUUAAAUGUAAUUAUUUUCUUUUGCUUGAAUAAAAUAUCGAGCAUGGAAAUGAUGGAA